AUGACGACAUUCGACUCUAAGUACGAUAUGUAUCCAGCUGGUGAUGUAGGGGUUAUAGAAGGAGAAAUGAAUAUACCAGGUCGCGGCGUACCUUCAGGAGAUAACAUGGAGUUUAAUACACUAGAUGAACCAAUUAAAGAAACUUUUUCGAGAGAUUUAAAAGCAGUGGGUAACAAAUUCUAUCAUGUCCUUAUACCAAGAGAAAAAACCAGUCUACUAAAAGAAUGGGACUUAUGGGGUCCGUUAUUACUAUGUACCUUCAUGGCCACAAUUCUACAAGGUUCAUCAGAACCAACAAGUAAUACUGGAGAUGGUGGUCCAGAGUUUGCAGAAGUCUUUGUUUUAGUCUGGAUAGGGGCUGCGGUGGUCACUUUAAAUUCUAAACUACUUGGUGGAAAUAUGUCGUUUUUCCAAUCGGUUUGUGUGCUCGGAUACUGUCUGCUGCCUGUUGCCCUUGCUCUAGUCAUCUGCAGAAUAAUAUUAUUCAGCACACAGAACACAUUUUUGUUUUUCCUACGCUUUGUUAUAUCUAUGGUCGGAUUUAUGUGGGCCACAUUUGCGGCUACAAAGUUCCUUGGCGACAGUCAGCCGGAAGGUAAAAAAGGCCUAGCAGUAUACCCUAUAUGCUUGUUCUACUUUAUACUGUCAUGGCUAGUCCUCUCGCAUACGGCUUAG